UCAAGUUCCUAUUCCAUGUUGUAUACCUCGAAGACCUACUUCCUUUCGCCGCAAUUGCGCCCCCAUAAUAGCUACAAACUUCGUCGAUAACGCACCUCCUUCGUACGACUCAAUUUCUGCGUCUGCAUCAUCAGCGGCUUCUAUUCAAUCUAAACAACCAUCUGCAUUUCCUUUUUCAAUCAGAUGCGUUGCAGAUCGGUCAGUGAUGCGCCUGGGAAAUCCAUCAGGAACGCGCCUGCCUUGGACGACAAGAGUUACACGGUUGUGUUACCAGACCUAUCUCGCAUCCGUGAUCUUGUUUCCGGUCCCGAUUUCACUCCGUCCUUGGUCGACGGAAUUGUCAAUGUCUGCGCUGCUGCUCUCCCAGCUGCACAAUUCUCUGACCUCUUGCAAACACCCAACAUCGAGGGUCGCUCCGCGCUGUAUUGGGCAAUCGUGAACAACCGGAGAGAGGCCUUGUCGGUUUUUGCUACACUCAUUCCCGAACUUUCGUCUGAUUGCUCUUCUGACUUUCGUCUCGCGUGCAUGGCAACUGGCGACCACGCAUCGUUUACGCAGCUGGAGUUGGGAAAUCGUGAUGCCAAGGAGGAAGGGUCGAGACGCUUCUUAGGUUGUCCACCGGAUAAGAUUGACACAUCGGGGGUUUCAACAUUUUCCCUUUUGCAAUAUUUCAAUCAAAAGCAGAUCUAGACCUGGCUAGAGCAUUCCAGACCUAGCCUAGAGCGUUCCAGAGCACUCUAGAUUACCUUUCGAAUGUAAUUUCACUGGCGGCAAAAGGUGGUAAAAUGUCAGUUUCCCCGCUGUGUGAGGUGCAUGAACUUG